AAAAGAGGCAGAUAUGGAGCAAGUAGAACACUUCCAUAAAUUUUCAGCCAAUAUCGCCUCUCUCUCUCUCUCUCUGUUUCGUUAGCUUUUUGGCUACUCUCAUGAUCCAAACCGAAGGAAAAAAAUUCUUAUGCUCAGAAAUCAUUCAUUCUUAAAUCAAUUCAGCAAACAUGUUGUUUUCAAGUUAUGAUGUCCAAUGGAUAUAGAGCAAGUCACACUUCAGGCUUAUCAAUAGUUGGUUAUUAAUACGAGGAUAAUGAGUUUCUCACUUAUGAGUUGUACUGAGGUUCAUGUGUUAAUGGACCGAAUAUAAUCAUAUUCAGUUGAGUUAAGCAUCAAAGGAAGAUUCUUUAUUAUAACAAGCAUUCGUGCCAUGAGCCUGAAUUUUGAUUGAUGACGGACCUAUAUUUGCAAUUGUGAGAUGUGUCCAAAUCUGUUAUUUGCUUCAUAAAAAUUGCAAAAGCAUUUAUUGUUUCAAGUUCACCUAUGAAAAUGGGGAAUGAGGAUCACCAUGAAUCUCCAACCCCAACAAAUGAAGGUGAGAGUUCUAAAGAACAUAUUAUCCUGCAUGGUGAGCUAGAUUUAUGGAUUAUAGAAGCUAAAUCUCUUCCAAAUAUGGAUUUACCUUCAGAAAGAAUAAGAAAGUGUUUUACCAUGUUUGGAACUUGCUCUGCUCCUUUUGGAAAUCGGUCUACUACUAAAGCUCUUUCUGGAAAACGGCCUGCAACUAUUACAAGUGACCCUUAUGUUUCUGUUUGCCUAGCAGGAGCUACUGUAGCUCAGACUAGAGUAAUUUCAAAUAGUGAAAAUCCUUCAUGGGAAGAACAUUUCUGUGUGCCUGUUGCUCACCCUAUUAUGAAGGUGGAGUUUCAUGUUAAGGAUAAUGAUGUUCUUGGGGCUGAACUUAUUGGAGUAGUUGAAAUAUCUGUUGAUAAAAUCAUUUCGGGAAAUACAAUUAAUGAUUGGUUUCCCAUCAUUGGUAAUCCUGGAAAUUGCUUGAAACCUUUUCCUGAAUUGCAUGUUUCUGUUCAGUUUAAGCCAGUUGAAAACAACCCUCUAUAUAAGAAUGGUGUUGGUGUUGGGCCAGAAUAUAAAGGAGUUCCUAAUACAUAUUUUCCACUUCGCAAAGGAGGGAGUGUCACUUUAUAUCAAGAUGCUCAUGUACCUCAUGAUAUGUUACCUGAAAUUUUACUAGAUGGUGGUACAGUUUUUCAGCAAAGAAAAUGUUGGGAAGAAAUAUGUCAUGCUAUUUUGGAAGCUCAACAUCUUAUAUAUAUUAUAGGGUGGUCUGUAUACCAUCGUGUCAAGCUUGUAAGGGAACCAACAAAGCCACUACCCUCUGGAGGAGAAAUGGAACUCGGAGAGUUGCUAAAAUAUAAGUCGCAAGAAGGGAUCCGGGUUGUUUUGUUAAUUUGGGAUGAUAAAACUUCGCACGACAAGUUUCUAUUAAAAACAGAAGGUGUCAUGGCAACACAUGAUGAGGAAACAAAAAAGUUUUUCAAACAUUCUAGUGUUCAUUGUGUGCUUUCUCCUCGUUAUGCAAGCAAUAAACUUAGCAUUUUCAAGCAACAGGUUGUGGGAACUCUUUUUACGCAUCAUCAGAAGUGUGUGAUUCUUGACACAGCUUCUGGGAGUAACAGGAAAAUAACUGCUUUCAUUGGUGGUCUUGAUUUAUGUGAUGGCCGAUAUGAUACUCCUGAGCAUAGACUAUUUCGUGAACUUGACACAGUCUUUGAAAAUGAUAUUCAUAACCCUACAUUUCCUACGAACACUUAUGGCCCAAGAGAACCUUGGCAUGAUUUACACUGUAAAGUUGAGGGUCCUGCUGCAUAUGAUAUAUUAACAAAUUUUGAGCAAAGAUGGAAAAAAGCGAAAAAGCGUGACUUCAAACUGAAAAAAGUCACUAAUAAGCAUGAUGAUGCCUUGAUAAGGUUAGAUCGUGUCUCAUGGAUAGUCACUCCAACUUCUGAUCAUAAUGGUGAUGAAAAAGUGCGUGUUAGCAAUGAAGAAGAUCGUGAAAACUGGCAUGUACAGGUAUUCAGGUCAAUAGAUUCAGGCUCUGUGAAGGGGUUUCCAAAAGGUGUCCAAGAUGCUGAGGUUCAGAAUCUUAUUUGCGGAAAGAAUUUAAAAAUUGACAAGAGUAUCCAUGUUGCAUAUAUCAAGGCCAUAAGAUCAGCUCAACACUUUAUAUACAUUGAAAAUCAGUAUUUUGUUGGAUCUUCGUAUUAUUGGCCUACAUACAAACAUGCAGGUGCAGAUAACUUGGUCCCAAUGGAACUAGCUCUGAAAAUAGCUAGCAAAAUCAAGGCAAAUGAACGUUUCUCAGUGUAUAUAGUAAUACCUAUGUGGCCAGAAGGUGUUCCAACCACCUCGUCUGUUCAAGAAAUUUUAUAUUGGCAGGAUAUCAUAUUACCACAGGCACAAACAAUGGGUAUGAUGUACAAGAUUGUUACAAAUGCCCUUAAAGAGGCAGGCCUUUCUGAUCAGUAUCAUCCACAAGAUUAUUUGAACUUUUAUUGUCUUGGUAAGCGUGAACCUCCAUCUUUGAAAGGUUCAUCAGAAGCUAAUCAGUCAUUUGACAAUCGUACCUUGGCAUCAGCCCAAAAGUUUCGUCGGUUUAUGAUCUAUGUUCAUGCCAAAGGAAUGAUUGUUGAUGAUGAGUUUGUAAUCAUGGGUUCUGCAAAUAUUAACCAAAGAUCAAUGGAUGGUUCAAGGGAUACAGAAAUUGCUAUGGGUGCUUACCAACCACACCAUACAUGGGCAGCUCUAAAAAAUCUUCAUCCACAUGGCCAGGUAUAUGGUUACCGAAUGUCUCUUUGGGCUGAGCACCUCGGUGGACUUGAGGAUACUUUUAAAGACCCUCAUAGCCUUGAAUGCACUAAGCGUGUUUGUGAGAUAGCCAAACAAAACUGGAAUCAAUUUGUAGCCCAAGAGCAUCAGGAGUUGAAGGGACACUUGAUGCAGUACCCAAUUCAAAUUGGUAGAGAUGGAAAUGUGUCUUCCAUACCCGGAAUUGAAUCAUUUCCUGAUGUUGGUGGUAAAAUUCUCGGGGCACCCACCAAUCUUCCGGAUGUUCUAACAACAUAAAUAGCUAUAAUUAAUUCAAAACUGUUUUCUUGAAAUGUAUAUGAGUUCCACAUAGUUCAUAUAUGCAUAUACAAAAAUGUUGUACAAAAAAGGGGUUACAUAGUAAUCACCUCGUAGCUUAGGAAUAUCGAUCUUCUGCUUAAUUUGUAGAUGAGGUUAGGUUUUCAAUAUAAUCAUUAACAGAAAUUUAGAGCCUAGUAUUCUUUGUGAUUAGGCUUUGCCUUUCAUAGACAAAAUUUGUGUUUAAUG